AUGCUUGAGCCUGGAAGAUCCAACCCUCACUGGCACACAGCUCUAGCCGUCUUCGAUUCCGUCGAAGCCACAGGCACAGGAAGUGGCACCAAAAAGCUAGAAGCCCUUGAACCAGACCAUAUCCGAGAACGAGACAAUCUGCUCAAUGACAUCAGCAGGAGUGAGGACGCAUACGAAGUAUCGAAACAGAAGAAAGACCAAGGAACGAGGGAUAGUGGUAUCGUCAAAACCCACCUCACGAAGUGGUUAACCCUCUAUGACCUUGAUCAGAAGGUACUCAAGAAAAUCGACAGUACGCCUGUACUCGGAAGUAGCCUAGAAUGGCGUAUGACCUAUUGGGAGCAAACCAAGGAGUUCUGCCGACGAGAUAAGAGAAAGUUGGAAGGCGAGCUUCAGUGGUGGAAGGAUAAUGAUUCAGUGCAAUAUCAACAUCUGGUGAAUUGUGGCAUUGUGGAGGAAUUGGAUGCUAUCGUGACGAGAGUCAAGCUGGUGCUCAGAGAGUUAAGACUCGGGCCAUACGGUGGCAUCAAUUAUGAUAACGAUUAG